UUAAAGAUGGCAAAAUACGGAACAUGAAGUUUGCAAAUAAUUGAAUAAGUGUAUGUAACAAUUCCAAACUGGGAACGCACAUGUCUGGGAGCGUGCUGAUGUGAGUUACACAAGGUAUUCGAGAUCGUAUCUCACUAAUCUAGAACAAAAGUGGUAUAUAAUUACAGAAGAAUACCUGAAGACAACGUGUUUUUCUAACAGAUUGGAACAUACGAACAACGAAAAGAAAUGAGAUUGCACAUUUUUACACAGCUUACGAUGAUGUGUGUCGGCCACGCGUUCCUCAUUUCCGCCGAUCACUGCAAGUCACCUUCGGCGGCGACGGGUUUCGUCAACGAGAAAUAUUACGGCCUGUGGUACGAGAUAGGUAAGAUGCAGACGCCAGGAGGUGCCGCCUUCGAGAAAGACUGCGUGUGUACGACCAUCGACGUCUCCCAAGUCAAGGGGGCCACAAAUGGAGACGCCACUGCGGUAAACAGUUGCCGGAAACUGGCUCCUUCCGGGGAGUUCUUGAACGCCACAGGAAGUUUAACGGAUGAGGCGGUGCCCGGUCAUUGGAAGGAAGGAUUUUUCCCGUUAGUUCCAAAGGUCGACUACAGAGUGAUCUACCUUGACGACCACUUGGCGAUCGAGUACGACUGUUCCACCGUGCUCUGGAUGACCAACUACUGCGUCCAUCUGCUGGCCAGGACACCCACAAUAUCAGACGCCGACGAGCAAAAACUGCUGGACUUUGCAAACGGUCUUGGCUUGAACACGCAGAAUAUUCCUUAUAAGAAAACUUUACAGAAUGGUUGUUGGUGAGGUAAUUCAAAAAACGACAAAAGAACCUCAACAUGUAUUUAUAUUCAAUGUUUUGUAUGCAUUAAACGAAUUUUACAGAUAAAAGUGUCUAUAA